AUGAUUAGAUUUUUUUUCUCUCUUUCUCCCUUCACUUUUCUUUCUCUAUCUAAACCAGUUCAGAGCUAUCUAAAACUGCUCAUAUCUAUCUAUCUAUCUAUCUAUCUAUCUAUCUAUCUAUCUAUCUAUCUAUCUAUCUAUCUAUCUAUCUUACUAAUUUCCACUGUUCUUGGACAAACUGAGAUCUAUCUAUCUAUCUAUCUAUCUAUCUAUCUAUCUAUCUAUCUAUCUAUCUAUCUAUCUAUCUAUCUAUCUAUCUAUCUAAUGACGUUUUAUCCAAUCAGAGCGAUUACAAAAAUCAGUGCGACAUUUUAUCAAGAAAUACUCUGUUAUUUAACAUUGAACACUGUUUAUUCUUACGGUAUCUAUCUAUCUAUCUAUCUAUCUAUCUAUCUAUGCGAACGCUCGCUCCCUCUUUCUACUGUUUUCUAUUCUUCGUUCCUCGCCAACACCUUACUUAUUCAAAUAACCUCUUUCUCCUCCUUUCUAUUCUUCUUUUCUCGCCAACAUCUUCCUCUCCCUAAUCAGCCUCUUUCUCCUUUUUUCUAUUCUUUCAUCCUUGCCAAAACCUUACUUUCACCAAAUAGCCUUUCCCUUUUUUUUCUAUUUUUUCUUCUCAUUCUCUUCAUAAUCAUGCCGAUAUUUAUUCUUGCUUACAAAAAAACCCUUCUAUCUAUCUAUCUAUCUAUCUAUCUAUCUAUCUAUCUAUCUAUCUAUCUAUCUAUCUAUAACUUGAGAUCUCAUUCGCGUCUCGACUAUUAUGCACCUGUUGCAGGCGCUGGCUCUUUAUCUGCCUGUCACCUUUGCCAUGAUUUCGCGUGGCUACUUGUUCGAAUCUUCGUUGCUGCUUCUGUACUUGAGGCAUCGUAUCUACGACACGAUUCUUUUUUUUUCUGCGACAGCCAUUGCGCAUGCGCCAAUGUAAACGUGGUAUUAUGUAUUCAAGAAUAA